CGGUACCGCGAGCUACACUUACUCUCUCGUGCGUCUUUUCCGCGCUGUGCUGCGGGCUGCCCCAGUCGAGCAAUUAUCUUUCGAAGGAUACGGGGUGACCAUCCUUGAAAGAUGAGUUGCAAUUGUCCGUUGACCACGUCCGCAGGACCCACUUUGGCCUCGACAUGCGGUGGCUCGUCCUUCAUGCUCUUCAUGGGGCUGCUCGAAGUCUUCUUGCGUAGUCAAUGCGAUCUCGAGGACCCAUGUAACAGACCUGCGCCACCGAGCAAUGUCAAUACGAGGUACGAUUUCGUAGUGAUCGGAGGUGGUAGCGCUGGAGCAACCGUCGCGGCCAGAUUGUCGGAAGAGACGAGAUUUUCCGUAUUGCUGUUGGAAGCUGGCUUGGACGAGCCAACGGGCACCCAAAUACCUUCCUUCUUCUUCAAUUUCAUCGGCAGCGACAUCGACUGGCAGUACACCACAGAGAGCGAGGACGAAGCUUGCUUGAACAAGGAACACAAAAAAUGUUAUUGGCCUAGAGGAAAAGUCCUCGGCGGUACGAGCGUUAUGAACGGGAUGAUGUAUAUGAGAGGCUCGCGCAAGGAUUACGACGACUGGGCCAAGCUCGGCAACGUCGGAUGGUCCUAUCGCGACGUCCUACCGUUUUUUAUACGAAGCGAGGAUAAUCAGCAAGUGAACAGCAUGGAUUACGGUUAUCACGGGGUUGGCGGACCACUCACGGUCAUGCAGUUUCCUUACCACCCGCCAUUAAGUACCUCUCUCUUGGAAGCUGGAAAAGAAUUAGGAUACGAUACGGUUGAUCUGAAUGGACGAACCCACACCGGGUUCGCCAUAGCGCAGACCACAUCCAGGAAUGGCUCACGUCUUUCCACAGCGCGCGCCUUCCUGCGUCCUGCUCGGAAUCGCCCAAAUCUUCACAUAAUGCUAAAUUCGACGGCGACGAAGAUCCUCUUCGAUGAGAAUAACAGGGCAGUCGGUGUCGAGUUCCUUCAUGACGGAAUGAUGAAACACGUGUCGGUAGCGAAGGAGGUGAUCGUGAGCGGAGGUGCCGUUAACUCACCGCAAAUCCUCUUAAAUAGCGGUAUAGGACCUCGAGAUGAACUCAAUACAGUGGGAGUGCCGGUUGUUCGCGAUCUCCCGGGUGUCGGCAAGAAUCUUCACAAUCACGUUGCCUACGCGUUGACCUUCACCAUCAACGAUACCGAUACUACUCCUCUCAAUUGGGCGACCGCUAUGGAAUAUUUGCUCUUCAGAGAUGGCCUAAUGUCUGGAACAGGAAUAUCCGAAGUGACAGCAAUGAUAAACACUAAGUACGCGAAUCCGAAAGAAGAUCAUCCCGACGUGCAGCUAAUCUUCGGCGGUUACCUGGCCGAUUGCGCGGAGACUGGAAUGGUGGGCGAAAAGAAGGGUGCAAACCGCAGCAUCUACGUCAUCCCGACUAUCCUGCAUCCGAAAAGUCGCGGUUAUCUACGUUUACGAAACAACGACCCUCUCUCGAAGCCGCUGAUCUACCCCAAAUACUUGACUCAUCCCGACGAUUCGGCAGCUCUCGUGGAAGCCGUUAAGUUCAGUAUCCGAUUAACAGAGACCCAGGCUCUCAAAAGAUAUGGUUUCGAACUGGACCGAACUCCCGUGAAGAAUUGCGAGCAUCUCAAGUUCGGCUGCGACGCUUACUGGGAAUGUGCAAUUCGUCAUGACACUGCACCCGAGAACCAUCAGGCGGGAUCCUGCAAAAUGGGACCGCCAGAUGAUCCAAUGGCCGUGGUUGACAAUCAAUUGCGAGUCAGAGGAGUGCGAGGUGUAAGAGUGGCCGACACAAGUAUUAUGCCGAGGGUCACAUCCGGCAAUACGAAUGCGCCAGCGAUUAUGAUCGGUGAAAGAGCGGCAGAUUUCAUUAAGAAAACCUGGAUCGGUUGAUUCCACGUUGUUUAAUCAAACGAUUCAAUUGCACUGUCAUAUUAUUAUUUCGUUAAAGACAUUGUGUAUCUCACACAUAUAAAUAAGUGAAAGAGAAGAAUUUAGA